AUGCCACAGGAAACAAGUGACAGUGCGUCGUCAACUGCAGUGAUGAUGGCUCCACAAAUGACGGCGUGUCCUUGGAAAAAAACGGAAGCAGUACCAGCUUCAACUUCGUUUCGAGAACUUAUGGACGGUGAUUUAGCAGCUAAAUUACAAAAAGAAGAAGAUGAAAAAUUUGCUCAUACUAUGAGCCACUAUUCAAAGACACCUAUUGAAACUGAAAUAUCUGUAUUAACCGAAGAAAAUGAAGAUGAAACUCCUAUUGAUCCAUCUUCAGCAGAAGCUGCUCAAGACAGUGAUUAUCUAUUAGCUUUAAUGCUUCAACAUGAAUAUACCAAUGAAUUUAAUGGCAUGAUGAAACGAUACGAAUCAGCCGUUAAUCGUCAGAGCAAACUUAAAGUUUCUUUGAAAAAUUUUAUGCUGUUACCUGCGUCAACAUCUAAUAAAAACGAUACCAACGAUGUUGAAGAUGAUCUCGAAGAAGCCAAAGAGACAUUCAGCGACUGUGAACGAGAUCAUCCAAUGCCUUCAUUUAAUCGCCGAGGUACAAGUGGUAAAGGUGAUUCAUUAGUCACGAAACACAAUGCUGAACUGUGUGGUAAACGCAACGUAGCACGUGUUAUGAAUACAUUCCCCCCUGAAUUCGAUACGGGAGAUGUAUUAAAUAAAAUGCAACUACCAAAUCGUGUCUAUAAUUCACUUAGAUUGCAUUCAUAUGCUGAGGAAAAACGCAUGAAUCGUUUACAUGAUAAAGUUGAAAAGGCUACCGCUAAUUUAGCCUUUGAUCCAAAAACAAGAAUUAUUCUAUACAAAUGUUUAAAUGCAUGUAUACUUGAUGAGAUCGGUACGAUUAUUGCCACAGGUAAAGAAUCCAUUGUUUUAUAUGGUAAAGGCGGCAAAACAGAACUACACAAAAUGCCAGCUGAAGUAGCCGUUAAAAUAUUUAAAACAACAUUAAAUGAAUAUCAUACACGAGAAAAAUAUCUACGAGAAGAUUAUCGUUUUAAAAAUCGCUAUAAGAGUCUUAAUUCAAGAAAAAUGGUCAAACUAUGGGCGGAAAAGGAAAUGUUUAAUUUACAACGCCUCCAACGAGUUGGAAUACCUUGUCCAACGCCGGUUCUACUUAAAAAGCAUGUUCUAUUCCUUUCAUUUAUCGGUAAAGAUACAGUACCAGCACAACGUCUUCGCGAUGCUAUUCUUUCACCAGAAGAACUUGCCAGCGCUUAUCAACAAUGUUUAAAUCUAAUCAAACGCAUGUAUCAUGAAUGUAAAUUAAUUCAUGCUGAUUUCAGUGAAUAUAAUUUAUUAUGGUUCGAAGAUACAGUCUAUGUUAUAGAUGUAGCACAAUCGGUUGAACCUUAUCAUCCAAAUGCAUACAUAUAUUUACUACGCGAUUGUACAAAUCUUUCAACAUUUUUCAGUCGGCGAUCUCUCAAUGAAUACGUUCUAACACCUGAAGAAACAUUUAAUCAUGUAACCAAUCUUGCAUUUGAAAAACGUGGACAAGAAUUUCUUAACGAAGUGCAAGCCUAUGAAAAAAAUAUUCGUCUACAAAGCGAGGCAGUGAAAGAAAAAGAAGAGUUUUCAUUUGAUUAUUUUUUUAAUCAAACGAAGAAAUUGACUGACGACGACGAUGAUGAUGAUUCUUCGAGUAAUGAGGACAUUGCUGAUGAAGGCGAUGAUGAUGAUGAUUAUGUAGAUAUUACUAGUGGUGAUGAAUAUUUAAACAGAAUUCCUUUCUCGAGAGGAAAGAAAUCACCAACACAAAAAGCUAAGGUUGUUAAGAAUUCUCCGUAA